ACAAGGAAGUGCGUAUGUACCAAGAUCAGACGAUUGAUCAAGCUGGGAAGUACGUGAGCUCCAGUCCACUCGUACUCAACAAUAAGACAUGUCAAAUAUGGCUCUGGCCACAGCUGUCAGUACUAUAGAUCCAUAUGACUCGAGAUUGACGUAUGAAGAGAGAGCCAAGCUGCGCAGAAAAAGAAGACAGGAGUCCAGAGAAAGUUCGGAAACUAAAAGUUCGUCCACCCCAAGCUCCACCCACAGUACACCUUCACCCAUAUUCUCUCCUGUACAAAAUGGACAUGAAUCGUUAACAAAACUGAAUAACAGACACCAAAGUUCAUCACCUGAGGGCACACACCUGACAGCUGGUUUAGUCACAAGCCAAAAACUCACCUCGAAUGAACCACGGCUUCAACCAGUAGUGCCACCACUCACGCAACUCAGUACUAGUAAUUUCCCUCAGUCUAAACCACACCACUCGUCUUUAGAUCAAGUUUCCAAGGAUACUGGUGGUCGACCAGGUUCACCUAGUAUGAUGAUGACCAGCGAAUAUCUCUCAGGUUUUGAGAAAGAAGCAUCUAGCACUCAGCAAAAAGGAAAGUUUUCUACUGAGUAUGUCAACAAUCAAACUGAGUUCAACCAUAAUGAAACAAAUACUACUCCAAAUCUUGGUGCUAGUGGCGAGAGCUUGGAUCUGACCCCUACCAAUGGGGAAUUUGGAACCCUAACAAGCGCCGACUCAGCAUUUUCUGAAAUGUUCACAGAAGAGCAGGAUGGUUCAAAAAUGUCAAAGCCACAUGUGUCCAAUUCAACAUCUUUCAGUUUUGAGAAUUUUGGAGAUAUAAAGGGUACACUAAGAACAUUUGCUGAGGAUUUGAAGUUUGUCGACUCUUCGAAUGACUCACAGUAUGGAUCAAGUGAGAGAUCAGUGAGCAAAGCUCAAGUUGUUUAUCGUCCUAUUGAAAUAUCAAACACAGCUGACAUCACCAUGAUACCUAGUAGUGGGUUUUUCGAUCCUAGUCAGAGCCAAGCAGAGUUUAAUAAUGUUGAUAUCGGAUUUUUGCCGGCUGUUCCCGAAUCUGAAGUAAUUACAGUUGGAGACUCGAGUGUUAAAGCUAAUAAAUCUAAGGAGAAGUCUAAAGAAAACAGAAAAUCGCCUAGUAGAUUUCGUUUGCUAAACAGAAAUUCCAAAAGCAAAAUAAUUGAAGAAGAGCCUGAAUCAGAAGACGCUGUUGGAGAUGAUGAGGACACACCGAAAAUCAAGGCAAAGUUUCCUAAGAAAGGGAAAGAGAGUAAAAGUUCAUCACCUAAGACACCAUCUGCAAAUGUCAGUUCUGAGCCCACAUCUAAAAAAAACUCUCGAGAUUCCAGCCCAUCUGUCACAAGCAAUUUACCUUCAUUGGCCACUCCAAAGAAGACUAGACCAAAGAAAAAUUCGUAUAGUUUUCGACAAGCAGAGAAACCAAAGUCUCCGGACUUCAAAUCCAGCAUGCCCAACUUAGCCAGCCCCACACAUAGCAGAAAUAGCUCUGUAUCUCCGGAGAGCUUUAUCUCAUCUGGUAGUGAUGACAACUUUUCUGGUAAGAAACCUUCCCUGCGAAAGCGAAUUAGCCAAAGUUUACGAGAUCUUGUGGGAAAAGAAAGCCCUAGUUCUUCAUCGAAAAGUUCUUGGAAAUUCUCUGAGGAUGUGAAACCUACCAAUACUAACAGUUCUGUGCUAUUGUUAGAAUACCGACCCCUCGAUGAAACUAUGGCAAAGCUACCUUCCUCUGUUAGUGAGACCCAUGUUACCUCGUUAUCCAACUUUGAUCGUCAUAGUAUGCAUGAAGACACUGAAUUCAUCCCAGGAAGUAUCAAUAAACCAAUAUUUGAGGAAAGAGCUGUGGAUGUAGAGAUUAUACCAAGAGGCACAAACAGUGUGUCUAGUGAUGAGUAUCACACAGCAUCUGAGUCAGAACAGGAAUCUGGUUCGGCUGGGCUUGCUAUGACUUCCAUUCAGAUACUCAAUUCCCCAACAGGGUUAUCACAAGAUUUUGGGUAUGCUCCGAGAAAGAAGACUGUUGAUACGCCUCCUAUUACAUCAUCGAGUCUUGCACAAGAAAGUAAAGGAUCGACUAAAGGAUCAAAAAGUACUAUAAGUUUGAAGCAAGGUGCGGUGGUAUCUGGUAAAGGAGUUAGAAAAGCAUCCACUCCUCAAAAGAACUCUUCACCAAAGUCCUCUCAAAGAAUUGCCAGCAAGUCACUUGUAUCUGGGGUUGUUAAAAAGGUAGGCUCCCCCCAAAUUUCUCCACGAUCCUCACAACGAACAACUGUAGCACAGUCGGCUAAGAAAGCAACAAGCAUUACUGUAACAGUGAUCGGGAAAUCUUCUCCUUCAAGCUCCCCUCGCUCAUCACUGAACGUUGGAAAAGUUGGAGCAUCUCAGCUGACCAAGAAACCCACUCCUACCAGCUCACCCCGAUCAUCGCUGAGAAUGACGACAAGUAAGACAGCUGCUACUUCAAUUACAAAGAGUCCACUACUAUCACAGCGAGCAACCACAUCACAAGUCGGUACAAAAUCACCCGUUUCUUUGCAAUCUUCUCAACGAGUUUCCAGUUCUUCUGUUCCUCAAUCUAUCUCCCCUAGAUCUUCACAGCAACCUACAACCUCAGGCUCUCCACAGUCUUCUCGAAAGUUUAUCAGUAGAGUUGUCCCUGGAAAAACAGGCUCACCCAGUGCCUCCCCUCGAUCCUCUCUGAGAGGUACAAGCGUAACAACUUCUGGCUCGAACAUCAAGUCAUCUACUCCGGGGAAGACAGGCUCACCUACCUCAUCUCCCCGUUCAUCUCAAAGACUUGGAAAAGUUGGAACAACAUCUUCGGCCUCAAAAUCCUCACCAAAAUCUAGCCCAUCACUAGCAAGAAAAGUACAACCACCCACCACGUCUACCAAAAAGAACUCCUCCCCUUCAAUAGAGAGUCCAUUGUUGAAAAGAAAACAGUCUUCUCCACUGAACAAGCCAUCUGCUCCUAAGCUUUCCAAAACUUCCAUGGAGCCUCUCAAAGAAGGUGGUAACAACUCUGACAGUUUCUCUCGAUUCACACGUGGACGAACACCAAUCAAGAUUAAAGGCACCGAUACAACUGUAGAGCGAGCAAAGAGGCUCAAGGAACACAGAAAAUCAGAAUCUUUUGGACUCAAACCAGCAAAUUCCUCAAAACCAGACUCGGCCCGAAGAGCUACUGUUAUUGUAGCCAGAAAACCCCUUCCUCUUGUUAUUACAGCAGGUGAUCCAUCUCAAAUAUCACCUGAUGUUACCACACCUACCACACCAGGUGGAACUAAGAAACGAAAAAUGGGUCUCACAGUUGCACCAAUUUUAGAGGAGCUUAUAACAGAAACUACUGCAACUCCGUCCAAGUCAACAGAACAAAUGAAUGAACUUGUGACGAAAUCAGCAGCUGACAUUAGUCGUGAUGUAGACUCCCUACUAUCAGCUGUUGGGCAGACGUUGGAUGUGAUGGCUCUCUCGGAAUCUACCUCAUCUGUAGACCCUCAGCCCCCUUCCCUUGCUUCAAUGGAGGUGAAAGUAUUUGAAGCUACGCCAUUGCAUUCACGAGAGUCGAGUAUUGAUAUCGACACUUUCCUUGAGCAAGCUGCUGAGCAAGAAGCUGCCAAAGAGAAAGAAAAGCAAAAAAAGAAAGUACUAAAAGACAAAAGUCCAAAUAUCUCUAGGACGAUAACAAAUAUACCAUCUCCAAAAAGCUCAAAAUUGAUGUCAAAAACAAAGAGUGAGCCACACAUAAUUGGGGGUGCGUUCACAGCAUCCCUUCCUCCUAGACCCCCUCUAAGUAAGCAGGCAUCAGAAUCUUCUACCGCAGAUAGGAAAAUAAGCAAGACGGGUACCAAUCGUCCUCGGCAAGUAAUUGUAGCUGGUACUUUAUCUGCUGCUACUACUCCACCACUUCGUUCCAGUGCACGCAAGUCUGAACCAUCUAAAACAACAACUGCCUCUUCUGCUGGCAGUAACAAAACUAUGCCUCUUUUGAAACCACAGUCAAAAUCUACAAAUACUCUUGGCAGAUUCACUUCUACUGGUACUACCAGCAGCAGUGGCAUCUCCAGUCGAUCUUCCAUGAGAGCAAGUACUAGAACAAAGAAGAUUUCACUCACCACCCCACCAUUGCAUGGCGUCAAAUCCAGUGGGACUAAGUCUAAAGACUCCACGCUUAGUCGAAUUGGAGAUAGAAGCAUGAAGUCUCGGGUUUCCACAACGUCAAGGCCUGGAUCCUCUGUCGCUGUCACCAAAAAGAGCUCUGUUGGGUCCGGCCUCUCUCAAGAUUCUGCCAGCACACGUAAAGUGUCAACUCUCUCCGCUCCUUCAAGAGGACGUUCUAUGAGAAGGGUUAGUAGUGGAGACAUUUUACAACGAAAAGUGAAACCAGGAACCAGUGCCACACUGUCAAGGUCUAGUAAUUCUGGGGUGUAUUCUUCUAUGAGAAAGUCCGGGAAAUUCAAUACAAUCCGCCCCCGAUCAUCUUCAAACGCUGGGAUAGUAUCCCAGUCCACAAACACAAUGAGACGUACUCCUUCUGGAAGUCGUAAAGUGAGUGCUCCCUCCUCGACGCUGACGAGACAGUCCGUCUCUGCUAGUGCUGUGGGCUCACAGUCACGUAAGGGAACCUUGAGGAGGACAGGGAGUGGAGGGGAAGGGUUUGCUGCGUUCGAUCAUAUCAGUUCUCAAGCACAAGGAUCUAUGCUCUCCUCAUCAGAUCACCGUCGUAACAUUCGUCCCAAGAAGAGGCAAAAGGCAUCUACCACUCACCUUAAGAUACUCCAGCAGCGGCCUGAUGUCUCCAGUGAGCUAGAGGCCACUUCUGGAUCCUCACCCACCAAUGACGGACUGGACAUCAACACUUACUCAACAUACAUGGGUAAGAAAAACCUGGCUCCCUCAGCCAUGGCUGGCUUGGCUGCCAAACUGGACCUCUCCACUGUCAAGUUGCGCAAGACUGGUAUCUCUGAUCAAAUGUUAUCGGACAAUUCUGGAAGCUCUGUGGAUAGUAAAUUGGCCAUUCUCAAUCCAUCUUUUGGGCUGGAGUAUAAUACCACACAUCCUGUCAUGCUGUUGCAGAUUAAAGGGCGCCGAGCUAUCCAGACACGACUGGUGGACCCUAGUGCCUCCUCCCUCAACUCUGGUGACGUGUUUAUAGCUCUCUCUGACAAGAAACUCGUCCAUUGGAUAGGAAAAUCUGCAAAUGUCAUUGAGAAAGCUCGGGGCUCUGAUGUGGUAAUGAGAAUCCUACACAAGAAGGAGCUCGGUUGCCAUGCCACCUCUCCAGCUGUCCUCAAGGAGGAGGAGAGAGCAGUCAAUGAGAGCACCAAGAAGAACACCGAUUUCUUUGAUAUGAUUGGCGGAAAGAAAGGAGUCAAAUCGUCAGAGAGUGUCCCUGGUGAUGACAUUUACGAGAAGGCCAUGAACAUGGUUACCGUGGUGUACCAGCUGGAAGGGGAAGGCGACAAGCUCCAGUAUACACCCAUUCAUGAAAACUCAGCUCAGACGGUCAAGGUCUCUCUACUCAACACUAAGAAGAUUCUCCUCUUUGACUUUUACGGUGAGGUGUAUGUGUGGGUUGGGAAACGCUCCCCAGGGCCUCAGAGAAAGAAAGCCAUUGAGAUGGGUCGUAAGGUGUUCGACGCUGGCUGUCGACCACCUGUCUUCAACAUUCGGAGCAGUCCAGCGAGAGCUUCGGGACGGUAUCGCCCGAGAAGCUCCGUCAGAUCUUCCAGGAACAGCGUGCUGAAUGCUAGUGGGAGGAGGAGCUCUAAGGUGAAGAGUGAGCUUGCUAAGAGACCUGGAUGGGCUAUGUUCGCUAGAAUGUCUGAGGGUGCUGAGAACAUUCUGUUUCGAGAGAAGUUUGGAGACUGGCCUGAGCCGGGUCGGAUUAUCAAGAUGAAGGGUCAUUCAUCUCAACAACUUAUGACUCCGAUGAUUAACGCCAUUCUUCAACCAGCUGACGUUGAGAAGAUGCUCAAACCUAGCCCGCCCUUUGAGGGCCUGAGGCUAGAGGGAGAGAAUGUGCACAGGGGACAGGGCAACUACAAGGUGUCAAGGUCAACGUUUGCGUGCAAUAGAGUUCGAUCGCUCACCAUCACUAAGUGGGUGAUACGAGAGUUUGAGAAUGUGGAGGUCCCCGAGGCUGACCACGGACUGUUUUAUACUGCAGAGUCCUAUAUCAUCAGAUGGGCCUUCAUUAUCACCGUGGUUCGAGAGUUGGAUGGUCUGGUUCCAGGUCAGGGGGCAUUUGCUCGGGAUCGACAAUACCAGAAAGACCUGGCUGCCAAGCAAAGCCGGUCAUCCUCUCCAGAGACACCAAAGAAGAAAGAGGAGAGGAAAUUUAGUAGUAGUGAACUAUCAGAGGCCAGUGAUGUGGAGGAGAAUGAUGAAGAGUCGAGACGUAUUCUUGAAACAGGGGGACGCGACAGGUGUGCGUACUUCUUCUGGCAAGGUGAUCAGUCGUCACUGAACGAGAAGGGAGCAUCUGCCUUGAUGACCGUAGAGCUGGACAAGGAGAGAGGGCCCCAGGUGAGAGUGCUUGAGGGCAAAGAACAGCCCGCCUUCCUCAACCUCUUCUCAGGGAGCAUAAUACUGCUGCGGGGGAGGUCCCAUACCGAUUCCCUGGAGAACUCCCCAAAACAGUGCCGUAUGUUCUGUGUUAGGGGGCAGUCACGAUCUGAGACCCAGCUUGUGGAAAUAACCCCCGACGACGACACUUGCCCCAUGAGCACAUGUUUGCGCUCUAGGGGUUGCUAUGUGUUUUAUCAUCGGCCAGGGAGGAGGGUGUAUGUGUGGCAUGGCUGUAAGGCCACCCUGGUGCUGAAGAGGUGUGCCCAUAAUGCUGCGAAACUGCUCAAGAGAAGACUAGAUGAGGUUGAGAUGGUGACUGUUAGCGAAGGACAAGAGUCGAAUGAGUUCUCUUCUCUCGUUGGUGACAAGUCACAUUACGUCUCUCUGGCAAAUGAGUCACGGUCACGUGACUACAUCCCACGGCUAUUUGAGUUGACGAGCAUCACGGGAGAAUUUGUGGCAACAGAGCUACUCUAUCCUGCACGUGAUGGUGGCACUGUGGCCUUCCCCUUCGUACAGACAGACCUCUACUCAACUGUGCAGCCUGCCAUGUUCCUGGUAGAUGCGUGGACAGAGGUGUACGUGUGGCUGGGUUGGUGGCCCCAGAUCAAGAAUAAACUAUUGAGGGAGACCAAUGCUACUACAGGCUCCGCCCACUCUAAAUGGCUGAGAGACAAGAAACUGGCGCUGGAGACAGCAGAACUCUAUGUUAAAGCUUGCAAGCGUACUCGGACUCCAAGAGCCUACAUGGUCACUGCUGGUCUCGAGCACGAAAAAUUCACCAAUCUUUUCCCGUUCUGGUCUGUAAAUCUUUCUGUUAAAGAGCUCAACAGCAAGGGGUUAUCCCGGGCGACUCCAACUAGAGUGGAGGCAGACUGUGAGCUGCUCAAGUACACACGUAACCGGUUCAAACUGGACGAGCUGAAGAGAAAGCCAGUGCCUGAGGGAGUGGACCCAGCUAGACUAGAAACCUAUCUCAGCGAUGAAGACUUUACUGCUGUUUUCAAGCUCAGCAAGGACGCCUUUGCCAGCUUAUCCGGAUGGAAACAGGUCACACUGAAGAAAAAAGUGGGACUGUACUAAUGCUGUAUAUUUAUGUCAUGUGUGAUUUUUAGGCACGAGAUUACAAAUCAAUGGACUUAUUAUUGCAUCAAUCAUCUCGCCAUUAACUUUUUCAACCCUGUUUUAGUAUCUCACUGCUCUCUUUUGUAUUCUGCACUGUGAGGCUAACAUGAUGUGUCUACCCGUAUCG